AUGGCCGCUAUGAACACUCUUGUCACCUCUCUCCGAUUCGCCGACGGAGAUCUCGUCAUCAAACUAAGCGCUAACACUUCUCUCGACAUUCUGAUCCACAAGGACGUCGUCGCGAAGCACUGCAAGACUCUCGCACCAGCGCUUGGCAAGUGCGACAUCUUCGACAAAUCAAUCGACAUCAAUAUGCCCGGCAAGAUCACCCCCAUGAAGCUCUACUCGCUGGGCCUCAAGUUCGUAGAUCGCACCCUGGUCCUUGAGGGCCAGAGCUUCCAGGGACUGCUGGACGAGCUAUAUGAGGACGCCGAUGUCUUCGAUCACUCCGUGCUGGCGACCGCGGACUGGCCAGAUCCUUGCGGUGGCGUCUCGCAGACUGGCUAUAACGCGCAGCGGAACGCAGCCCACCAGUACCUGCUCAUCUUCAAGAUUCUGUACGGCAAAAAGCUCUCUGGAAAAGACUUCGAGGAUAUCACCACCUGGGUCGCUGCAGCUGUGGUGCGCUACCUGCACUCUUGUGAGAGUCUCUGGGCUUUCGUGGCAGAGGAGCCACGCCAGACCAUGCUUCUCGCGAUCAAGCUUCGAGACAAGGAGAUCUACUUCCACUCAGUUAGGCACAUGAUCGCAGACCCGGAGCGCACCUACUGGUCCCAGUUGCUCGCCCAGCAAGAAGUCGGGGAUCGCGUGUACGUGGAGGCCUGGGGCACGCGGAGAUCCCAGCCAGCUGGACCUCUCAGCGAAGCACUGUCUCAAAUCCAGCGGUUCGUGGCGAUUGGUGAGCCAGCUAUGAUCCUCGGUCCAGAUGUUGCGGGCGAGAUCGUGACACAGUUCGGUCUUCCUCGUUGUUCCACGAAGGCCAUCCAUCGUCAUUUGUGCAAGAUUGUGGAGGACGCAGCUGAGGCGACCAAGAAAGCGUUCGUUGUGAAGGAGGAGAAAGAUGAGCGUGGUAAGACCGUCACGUACCGUCAAGCUCGCCACGACUGCUGUGCAGAGUACUGGACAUACCUUCCAUGGGAAGAGAGCAAGUUCCCGUGGAUGGACGAGAAAGAGUGGGAUGCACUCCUUCCUUCCAGUGGUGGUCUCGACAUGACUCCAGCUUCGAAGGAGCAGUUGGGCGUGGUCGACAUCCAAGUCAUCGAGGCUGACCCAGAAGAGUCAAGAGACGAAGGGUCUGGAGGACCCAGAGGAGUACUCUAA